AUCCCAUGUCCUAAAAAAUUAAAGUAAAAUACCAGAAACUUGCAAGAUACACGUAGAUCUUCUUUGGAGCUGUCUUGCAGUUAUUGUUUUUUUUUGCAAGUCCGUAAUUCAUGAAUAAUUUAAUUUUGUGUGUGGUUUCCGAACUACCCAAAUAUGGCAGAGCACUCAAAGCAGAAUGCGAAAACGUCAAAUUGACGUUUCAUUCUCAUUCAUAAUCUUAAAUUCUUGAAGAAUCUGGAAAAAUAACCUACAUUACUGCAGAAAUAUUUAAUUUUAAAUGGAACUUAGCAUAUAAAACGUCGGAUUCAGUUAGUAGUUUACAAAAAUGCAUACUGCCAGUAGUUUGUUGCGGAACAGUAUCCUAAAUCCGAAUUUAAAGUGUUCGGUUGUCCGCAAUGUAGCGAAAGUUGCAUCACACAGUAAACCGGUGAAUAGGUUGUGUUAUUCUGGGGUAGCUGGUGCACGGGGCGCGCGAAUAUGUAGUUAUAGCGGUAGUUACUUGAGUGCUAGUAAAGAGGUUGGGAUAAAGAGGUAUUAUUCAACUGGGAACAAGAAUGAUCCGCCUGAGGAUGGCCCUGAGAAGGACGAGUCGCCGCUGUACAGCAGUCAGUUGCCGGCGACGGUGGCCGUGCCCGAGGUGUGGCCACAAGUCCCUGUCAUCGCCAUCAACAGGAACCCUGUCUUCCCGCGAUUUAUUAAGCUUAUAGAGAUAUCUAACCCAGCUUUAAUAGACUUAAUAAGACGCAAAGUGAAACUAAACCAGCCUUACGUUGGUAUAUUUUUACGUAAGAAAGAAGACGAGAAAUCCGAUGUGGUCUCCAACUUGGAUGACUUGCACCAAGUUGGUGUGUUUGCACAAAUUCAUGAGAUGCAAGAUAUGGAUUAUAAGUUGCGGCUCGUUGUUAUGGCUCACAGACGGAUAAAGAUUACGGGACAGUUUAUUGAAGACGAAAUUGAGAGUGGUCCUGCUGAAAUGAAGUUGUCGUUUCCGUUAUUUAACGUGGAGCUUAACGUUGCCCGCGAAGAGUCUGAUGCGGAGCGGCGCAGGCGCAAGUAUCGGAACACGAGGAAGCAGGCGAACAAGACUGCUGAGCCCGAGGCCGCUGAGCCGCCGAAGGAACCGAAGAAGGAACAAGUGGACCAAGUUAUGAUGGUCAAGGUCGAGAAUAUGGUGCAUGAGAAGUUCCAGCAGACAGAAGAAGUGAAGGCGCUAACACAGGAGAUUAUAAAGACUAUCAGGGAUAUUAUUAACAUGAAUCCUUUGUACAGGGAGUCUCUUCACCACAUGCUGGCCCAAGGUCAGCGCGUGGUGGACAACCCGGUGUACCUGUCAGACCUGGGCGCCGCUCUCACGGGCGCUGAGCCCAAUGAACUGCAAGCUGUGCUUGAAGAGAUGGAUAUUCCAAAAAGACUGAUGAUGUCACUGUCCCUGCUCAAGAAGGAAUACGAGCUAUCCAAGCUGCAGCAGAAGAUAGGCAAAGAAGUGGAGGAGAAAGUCAAACAGCAGCAUCGGAAGUACAUAUUACACGAACAGCUUAAGGUCAUCAAAAAAGAGUUGGGUCUAGAGAAAGACGAUAAGGAUGCCAUCGGUGACAAGUUCCGUGAGCGACUCGCCGACAAGAAGGUCCCACAAACAGUACAGACUGUUAUAGAUGAAGAACUCAAUAAACUUAACUUCUUGGAGAGCCACAGUUCAGAGUUCAAUGUAACCCGCUGUUACCUGGACUGGCUGACCUCCUUACCUUGGGGUGUGACCUCUGAGGAGAACUUAAAACUAGAAGACGCUCAAAUCAUCCUGGACCAAGACCAUUACGGUAUGGAGGACAUCAAGAAGCGGAUCCUGGAGUUCAUAGCAGUCUCGCAGCUGAAGGGCUCCACGCAGGGCAAGAUUCUGUGCUUCCAUGGACCGCCUGGUGUGGGCAAGACUAGUAUAGCCCGCUCGAUCGCCCGCGCGCUGAACCGGCAGUACUUCCGCUUCUCGGUGGGCGGCAUGACGGACGUGGCCGAGAUCAAGGGCCACCGCCGCACCUACGUGGGCGCCAUGCCCGGCAAGCUCGUGCAGUGUCUCAAGAAGACCAACACCGAGAACCCGCUCGUGCUCAUCGACGAGGUCGACAAGAUCGGCAAAGGUGUCCACGGCGACCCGUCGUCCGCUCUGCUGGAACUCCUGGACCCGGAGCAGAACGCCAACUUCCUGGACCACUACCUGGACGUGCCGGUGGACCUGUCCAAGGUGCUGUUCAUCUGUACCGCGAACGUUAUAGAGCACAUCCCGGAACCGUUACGGGACAGGAUGGAACUUAUUGAUAUGUCCGGUUACGUGGCCGAGGAGAAGCUAGCGAUCGCCCAGCAGUACCUGGUCCCGACGGCGCGCCAGAACUGCGGCCUCAGCGAGGGCCAGCUGGAGCUCACGCCCUCCUCGCUGCACGCGCUCAUCCGCUCCUACUGCCGCGAGAGCGGCGUCAGGAACCUGCAGAAACACAUCGAGAAGAUAGCACGCAAAGUGGCGUACAAGAUAGUGAAGCGCGAGGCGGAGACGAUGACUGUGACGGAACAGAACCUGUCGGAGCUGGUGGGCAAGCCCACCUUCAAGCAGGACCGCAUGUACGCGGCCACGCCGCCCGGCGUCGUCAUGGGGCUGGCCUGGACUGCUAUGGGCGGCAGCACCCUGUUCAUCGAGACCGCGAUCCGCAACUCCGGGUGCGACGACAAGGCGCCCUUCGGCUCGCUGGAGCUCACGGGACACCUCGGCGACGUCAUGAAGGAGUCCGCCAGGAUCGCGCUCACCGUCGCUAGGAACUACAUGGGCGUCUGCCAUCCUGAUAACAAGUUCCUUAAUAUUAGCCACCUGCACCUGCACGUGCCGGAGGGCGCGACCCCCAAGGACGGCCCCAGCGCGGGCGCCACCAUCGCCACGGCGCUGGCCUCGCUGGCGCUGCGCCGCGCCGUGCGCCAGGACCUCGCCAUGACCGGGGAGCUCACGCUCACCGGCCGCGUGCUGCCCGUCGGCGGGAUCAAGGAGAAGAUCAUCGCGGCCAAGCGCGUGGGCGUGAACUGCGUAGUGUUACCGGAAGAGAACCGGCGCGACUACGACGACCUGCCCUCCUUCAUCCGCGAGAACAUGGACAUACACUUCGUGAGCGACAUCGAGGACGUCUUCAAAGUCGCCUUCGAAGAGCAACAACAACAACAGGUUUAACCAAUGUAGACUGUAUCGUAAUCGCAUAAAGUUGACUCUAGAUUGAGUAGACAGUUGGUCGGCUUGGUGGAUUGAAUUACUUUAGGGGAUACUUUUUUUUAGGGUCGAUGGUAGACUUGGCCCUUCGUCAUGAGGCCAAACGGCUAAAGAAUGACAGCAUCGAAAUUGUACAAGAUUUUGGAUAAAAUCUGGUAAUUAUAUUUUUUUUUGUAAAAACACCUUUGGAACUAAGAAGUUUUGUUGUAAGAUCCCUUAAAGUGUUUCAAGACACUAAAAUAUAUGAUAGACGUUGUAUCAUUAUAAGAAAGAAUUGAUGGAAUGUUAUGUAAUAUAUUGUAUGAGAUGUUUAUCGAAUCUAUUGGAGUCAUAUGAAAAGAUGGUAUGCCUAUUUUAGCAUUGUUGAUUGGUGUAAGAGAUAGAUAUAUUUUAAUAUUCAAAACAUAUUAUAUGUCUAGUUAGGUAAUAUUAAUAAUAUCAGACUGUGGCACUAUUUGUCUGCACUACACCUGUAUUUUAAUACAUGUAAAUUUUGUUCCUAUUAUAUUACUUUUUUGAGGUCAUAAUAUCGCUUUUAGACUCUUUUUCCCUUUUGACCCGAUAAUUUUCGCAUCCAAGCGAAUAUGCCUAAAGGAUAUUAUUGGAGUUGCGACCUUUUAAAGGCCUUAUAUUUUAAUAUUACUUAACUAGAAAUUAUAGAUGGCAGCACACUAAAGACCCAGAGAGAGACCUAAGACCCAGAGUAGUCUAGUCCUAAAAUUCUUCCAUCAAUUCCGUUGGUUUGUCGGCAUUUUAAGUGCAGAAAGCAAAUAUUUACAAACAGUAUAAAAAUAAGUACUAUUAUUUACUACGGUUUCCUAUGGUUUUAUGGUUUUAGAACUUAUUCUUACUUCACAAGUCAUAAGGAAUUGUUCACCCGUGACCUGUCCAGUUUAUUUUAAGUCUAUGCAUUUGUUUAUAAUAAGAAUAUAAAUAUGUAGUUAUAGUUAUAGUUGCUAUGUAGAUUGUGUGUAUGUUGCUGGUUGAGUUGUUAACUAUAGAAGAAUGUUGUUAAAAUAUAAUAAAUAAUUUUCUUUUUUUA